CACCACCUUACACCCACCAUAGCCAUUCCCAGACAAACGUGCGUUCUGCUCACGUCUCUACUACUGCUGUUUGCUCAAAUCCCUGCCUAUAUAUUCUGUCUACUCGUCAAGUGCGACACUUAAAAGAGGUUCUUGUACUGUGUUUUUCCUCACUGGUGUUGACGUAGCUAACGAGACAAGAAAAUGACUGGGCGUGUAGACAAAGUGUUGCUACUGGAUGGUGUCGACCCCGUGUGUGGACGGAUCUUGACACAAGCUGGCAUCUCCGUCACCACGCACAACAAGAAGCUCUCCAAGGAUCAGCUCAUCAAAGAACUUUCGGAACACGAGGGGGUGAUCGUCAGGUCAGCUACGAGGGUGACUGAGGAGGUAUUGGCCUCCAGUAACAAGUUGAGGAUCAUCGGCCGGGCUGGUGCAGGUGUGGACAACAUUGAUGUGUCGGCCGCCACUCGCAAGGGCGUCAUCGUCAUGAACACUCCAGGAGGUAACACACUGUCAGCGGCGGAACACACGUGCGCUAUGGUGUGUUCGCUGGCCCGCUUCCUGCCACAGGCAUGUGCUGCCCUCAAGGCGGGUACCUGGGACCGAAAGGCGUACCUGGGCUCUGAACUGCACGGCAAGACCAUCGCCAUCGUCGGCCUCGGUCGGAUAGGUAGAGAGGUGGCCAAGCGCAUGCAGGCCUUCGGGAUGACAACCAUAGGCUACGACCCCAUCAUCCCGAAGGAGGUGACGUCUGAGUGGGGUGUGGAGUCCCUGCCCCUGGAAGACUUGUGGUCCCAGGCAGACUACAUCACGGUACACACGCCUCUCCUCCCUCAUACCAAGAACCUCAUCGGCGACGAGGUUCUGGCAAAGUGCAAACCCGGAGUACGCAUCGUCAAUGUCGCCCGCGGGGGUAUUGUGGACGAGGCAGCACUCCUGAGGGCACUGGAGAAUGGGACUUGUGGUGGCGCGGCCCUCGACGUGUUCCUGGAGGAGCCCCCGACUGACCUUACCCUCUGCAGGCACCCCAAGGUGAUCUGUACGCCACACUUGGGGGCCAACACAGUGGAGGCUCAGAGACGCGUUGCCAAAGAGAUCGCUCAACAGAUAGUGGACAUGGUGCACGGGCGACCCCUGGUGGGUGUAGUGAACGCCCCCGCCCUCUCUAACGCCACCAGUAACGCCUGUAAGCCUUGGAUCGAGCUAGCUAAGGCCCUCGGCUGCCUGGCCAACAGUCUCUUCCAGCCCAUGGAUACCCCAGCCCUCACCAUCACCGUCGACCUCUAUGGUAGUGAGGUGAGCGAGAUGAAGUCGUUCCUGGGGUCAGCGGUGUUGGUUGGCCUCCUGAAGGGGCUGACACAGAACGGCAUCAACCUGGUAAACGCCCCCGUGCUGGCUCAGGAAGUGGGUGUGUCCCUCACCCUGCACGCCCACGGCAACCAGCCCGCACCAGUCCCCUCCACCGGCCCUGAAGCCCUACAGGUGAAGGUGACCCGAGGCCCUACCACUCAUGUUCUGCUAGGUAAUGCGUCAGGGGGGCAGGCGACGUUGUAUGCGCUGGACGGCUGUGUGUGGGAGUCUGGCCUCACGCUGGGCCGCAACAUGCUUUUCUUCAGUGCCUCCCCUAGCGCCACUCCCCUGGCAGCUAUCGCCACACAGCUGCUGGCGGUGCAGGCGGUGGUCACCUCACUGUUGUCCUCAAACUCUACCACCAAGGAGGUGUGGCACGUGGCCAGGACCAGUGCCAACGUUGACCUCCCCUUCGCCAUCCCUGACACUAACCUGAGAGCCCAGCUGACUUUUUAAGUGACUUUCCUCAACCCAGCCUUGACACACGUCACAUCCGAGGUCAGCCUUCACACAGAUCAAUUCAUCUAACUAAUAUACAGUUACAUUUUCAGAUGCCCUCACUCAACUUGAUUACCUGUGUGAGAGGCGGCAGAUCCCUUACCUGUGUGAGGGGCGGCAGGUAUCAGUGCCACCGUUCAGUCGGCCAUCUGGACUAAGGGAGACCUCGCCCAUUAACUAUUUCUACUUGUUGUUUAUGUAUAGGAAAUAUUGUUCAGUAUCUUGGAGUUUCUUAUACAAUAUAGAUGUAUUCUUACUAGAUAAAGGUUAUGAAAGAGGAAAGCUUAUUAGUUCAGUUAACACCGAGAAACAACUGUUCACAUCUUGCACAUGUUUGAGUUCAUUCUCUUCCAUAUAACUAAUAUUUUUGUACAGCUUAUGUCGAGUCUUAUAAAAACUGUUUUGGCUUUUUGUAAAAUAUUGUAAACGUUGAUAGUUGUUUGAUCAUAAUAAACUAUUAUGAUGAA